UUGCUGGUUUUUCAGACAUCUUCAAAUGUACCACAUCCACUAAAGCUUACAUUCCCUUUGAUAACAUAACUUGUGUCUCAACAAAACUCUUCUUUGCCUAGUAAACUAUGCCAAGAGAUCUUACGAAAUGUUUUUGGAUUAUACAUGAUGUUAACCCUAUCCGCCCAUGGGUUCGUACCUAGGUCCCAAUAUAUGUACAACCAACAUGAUUUAAUUGUGUUAUUUAGAAUAUCCUAAUAUAGCAAGUACCAAUUUCAACGAGAGCAAAUUUUGGCUUACGAUCUAGUUGAAGUACCGUAGAUUUCUCCAUGCUGAUCUUAUAUUCGUUGGCAUUUUCACCAAACCCAUCGUUUCCUUAGUAGAGAUCUGUCUAGUUUCGGAUUUUCGAAUACGUUUGUUAAUAUAUAUAUUCGCUGAAGGCGUAUAGUAAAUGAACUACUGAUUUUAUUUCUUUUGACAAACAUAUUCGUUCCUUAUUUGAGCAGGCCUUAGCAUGCUCGCCUUAAUCAUUGACUUGGGGCACUUGUCCAUCAUCGUCAACGUCUAGCCUGACAUUGCUAAUACCACUUGACAGUUAUCGACACAUUAAUUAUGUGCGUAAUAAGCCAUGAGCGCUGAGAGGCUAAGUGAAUAGCAUUUGGAAUCCUAUUAGUACAAAGACUGUAAGAAUGUUGACAAUUUCUCAGCAAUAGAAACACAAUACAAUGGCUACUUUGGGUGCAAAAAAAAAUAGUUUUAAUUGCUAAUAUCAAUAAUUUAAUUUAUCAAUAUUAAUAAUUUUUGACCUCUGACCAUUAUUGUAAAAUUUUGGUUAUAGCUUUGAAAUAAAUUGGUGAAUUAUAGAUUUAUAUAAGUUUAUUAUUAUAACAAUAACUUGAAUGAUGAAAUGUUAAUUUAGAAGUCGUCACUAAACUUUCAUAAGUAAUUUCGCAGCCCGUUCUCUCCGUAUGACAAAAAAAGUUUCUUCAUGCCUUCCUAGCUGAUUUCAUCAAUUUUAAUUACUUGCGAUUAAAUGCAGAGAGCCGACCUAUUCAACCAAAAGGCGUAACGUCAACAUUAGCAUUGUCUAUUAUAUCGAAGCUUCCAACAUUUGCUUUCCUCCAUAUUGAAUUCAAUAGAAUUAAAUUAUUUGCCAUCACAAGAUCACUGAACUGUAACAAGUAAUUAAGUUCUAGUUAAAAUGUCAAUGAUUCUCUACACAGCCUUCCAACGAUGAGCUCAUCAAAUUACACUUAAAAUUACUUAUAUACAAAUAGUUGUAAUUAAAGUUAAUCCCCAGCUGCAAUUUAACUAUUUUAGAUAAUUUCAUUUCGGUUGGGAGAAGUCAAUUUCACAUUUAUUUAUGACCGACUAUAUAAACUUGGAGAGAACUCAAAUAAUUUUCGUAUUUAAUCGGUGACAAACAUUUCACACAAAAAUGAACAAAGUCGUUUGCCUGAUUUUCAAAUACUGCAUUAAUGUUUUCGUUUAUUUUCACCAAAUUAGUGUGAAUGUGGUAACACAGGUUGAAUGGUGCGAGUGCUGCAAUGCUCUUUGGCGAUUGUUCGCUGACAGCAUGAAUGGAAUGUGUAGAACAGUAUAAAAUAGAAUUCAUGUUAAAGACACCGUGAAAUACCGACAAAAGGCAAGCAAAAUCAGUCAACGGUACAGGCAAAUACGCAAAUCACAAAUAAGCAGAAGUUUUGCGAAAAGAAUGGUAGAAAGCACAAUGCGACAAGUUGAGGAUACGAACGGAACCCAAUUUUGUAAAAUUCAGGUGUAAAGAUUUCAAGUUUUCAAGGUUAAGUUAGGUUGUCUCAAGGGUAGAUUUCUACAUCAGCAGAGAAUCUUACUUAGAAGCAUCCGACUAACCUUUCGGACACCCAAAUACACCUGACGGAUCGGAUCGUCAAUACAUAAUGAUUCAACAAAUGGCUUGGACUCUGUUAUAAAGUUCUUAAUGUCGAUUUCAGUCAGUCACUUCGAGAGGUUCGCCGAGGGUCUGCUACCGAGUUGUUUUAACUUUAGUCUUUCAUUUUAGUAGUCUCAUACUAUGAAGAUAGAUACGUGAUUUCUUUAUAGUCCCAUAAGGGAAUUUUUAAAUGUUAAGCUUGAUGUUCUUGGUGGUCCGAGUAACUAACUGAACUGGUUCACUAGGUGCUAGUUUUCUGAAACUACUUUUAUAAAAACUUAUUAUCUUUUUGAAAUCCAUUUAGGGAUGAGGAGGUUACCUCGAUAACGAUUGUGGUUGAUAUUCCUUCUUUAUGCUCUCCAAAAUUCAUACAGCCGAUGUACCCUUAAUUGGAUAAUUAAAUGGGUGCAAUAUUUCGCAAAAUUUUAUACAAUAAUACUAGCCGGUCAUUAAUGAGAAUCUUAAAAGCCGCUUUGAUGCCGUCAUAGAUCUACUUUGUUCGAAUCUACAGUUUGGCUUGUUGCCUGAAAUAGUCUUCAUCAAAUAAGUAGGAAACCCAUUAAUCAUUCCCACCGUUUCCAUCUACUUUUAUCUACCUUUUGAAAGGCCGAACGUUAGUAUGAUAUCUUUGUGGACAAGGCAUAUUGUUUUAGAAUCUAAUUAGCUCGUACAAAUCUGAAGGUCGGAAAUGAGCUGAUUUGGGUCCUUAUCAGAUUAUUCGAUGAAUGUAGUGUAUAUUGUGAUCGAUUUUUUUCCAAGUGUCCUUUCAUUUCGAAGAAACUGGGGGAUCUCGCGAAGGAUUUUAGUGAAAUAAUUAAAAUUUCUUUAAAAAUACCGCCGUGAAAGUAAUUUCUGUUAUGGUUAUGUACUAGAAAUAGGGACGAUUUGUGGUUAUCAUGUGAUACCUUUUAGGUCAUACCAUUGGACACCCGGUUCGGCAAUCGUGUUACUGAUCUUUUCAGCGACUUUGUUUGGAAAUUAUGUAAUGUUGAAUCCACGAAAGAACCCACUUUAGGGACUACCUUCUUUUCGUAUCAUAUAUUUUAUGAAAAAACCAAAACCUCGUGAAGACAUUUAAAAUACCGUUAACUACUGCUGCAUUGGGCAUAAAAAGAAAAAAAAAAAAACAAGAAAUUAAAGCUUGCUACAUUCAGAAUAGUUGCGCAAUUCAAUUGUAGAUGGUGAUUUAGAUGCGAACACGAGGGGGUGUUGAAAACGAACAACGAGCGCACGCUAUGCAGCUCGGGUGCGGCUCAUCCGCUAAGCCUAUUAAAUAUACAAAAUCACUAGCACUGACAACAAACUGUGACAAUGAAGUGAUUUGCACAUCAUGAUGCAAAGAAACAAAAAAACAACAAAUGAACACACACAAAACCGUGAACUCGACUGGCCGUCCCUGCAAUGCGGGGCGUGCGUCGGAGAAGGUGAGAAUGAGAAGAAGAAGCAGUGUAUUCUUGCGAUUUCGCCGUAAUUUUGCCACUUUAAAAUUUAGUUUUUCACACUCGCCCUCAAGCUGGCUCGUUCGCUAUCAUUUCUUGCAUGCACAGCGUAAUGCCACAACAACAACAACAGCAACAACAAAAUUAGACCGAAAUUACGGGGUGUCAAGCAAUAUGACGCUGAUGAGAUAGCAAACGCGGCGUCACCUCCAAAAAGCGACUAAGUGAAAUUUACACAAAAUGAGAAGAAGAAGAAGAGGAAAAGCAAAAAAAGAAAAUGCCGCGAAAUAGGUGAGAGGUGUUGUAGUGUGGCGCAGUGAGCGCAAUAAGUCGCUUGCCAAAUGCUUAGUGGUGCUACGAAAUGGGAAGCGCCGCGCCGGAAACGUGGCCCUGGCCAGAGCGUAUCUGUGGCUGUGUGACACCAUGGCAUUCAUUUUUGUUUACUUUGUUCAUUUGAGAAUUAUGCACUUUCCGAAAAUACUACUCGGCUGCUUGAAGUGGAAAAGUGGAAAAUUAGUGAAAGCAGCAAGGAUGUUGGCAGCCCAAAAGCACCACCACCAGCUAGCUAGCUAAGACAAAGUAAAAGCGUCGCGAGUGUCACGAGAGUGUGAGCUCGCUUUUUCUAUCUGGCGAAUUUGUGAACUUAUCGCACUUUUGCAAGGUUGCAUUUGAAAGACCAGCAUUUGACAGUGUCAAAAAUAUACGCUGCGUAAUGAGUUCUUAUUGUUGCCGUGCGCCAUGCUUUGUGCAGCAACUAAAUUAAGUUGUUUGCUCAAGUAGCAGAUUUCAUGAACUAAGCAGUUUUGCUAGUUGCUCUGGGAAGUUUGAAAGUCUUCAGUUUCGGUUUUUGGAUUUUUUACUGGAUGAUAUUCCUAUAUUUUAUAGAAAGGACUCGAACGAAAUCGUCGAAUCUGACCAUCAUGAGUGAGCACUGUUUUAAUUGCCCGGGUGCUCAAAAUGUCUAAGUACUAGCACGUUUGGACCCACUUAAAUAAGACUGAAUGCUAGAGUAGCACGAUAUAGGGGUACCAUACGAGUUAAUUCAAAAAUCCUCACUUACCGAAUUUUCAUUCGAUGCUGCUGAGUCGCAAAGAAAUCGAAAUAUUUUUGAAACUGAUGCUUGCGGUUGACGAAAAGUGAUUCACUAACGACAACAUCGAGCAAAAACUGUCAUGGUCGAAUCGCUGUGAGGCGGCUCAAACUGUGACUAAGCCAUGACUGACGGUCAUGAAUGUUUUGCUGUGUGUUUCAGAUUUUGAGAUUAGCAGGGAAAUAAAAAGACAGCGGCUACGCUGGCUAGGUCAUGUUGUCCGAAUGGACGAAAACAUUCCAGCUCUGAAAGUGUUCGAUGCAGUAUCCGCCGGAGGAAGCCGAGGAAGGGAAAGGCCUCCACUCCGUUGGAUUGACCAGGUGGAGAGCGAUCUGGUUACACUUGGAAUCUCCAACUGGCGCCGAACUGCGAAGGAAAGAGAGGAGUGGAGCGCUCUCAGCUAUUCGGCUAUAACCGGCUAAACGGUUCAAAGCCAAUUACAUACAUACAUACUGUCACCAAUGGGGCCCUCUAAAGAAAGCAAACUCUGGUGUAGUUCUGUUCAAUUUCGGCCACACACGUCGAUAGUGACUAGCCAAAAGCUCCGAGAGCUUGGUUGGUUCUCAUGUAACCACCUUACAGUCUAGAUAUGAUAUCAAAUGAUUACUACUUGGUCCUGUUUAUGGCGAAUAGUUGUGAUGGUGUUAGACUCAAGCGUAGUUUGUGAAAAUCGAAUGUCUCUGUUUUUGUCAAUAGGUAUAAUUACCUUCCGAAAGUCAACAAGUUCAAACAAGAACAAAAAGGUGUGUUCCUACUUUCCUACAUAAAAUUCUCAAUUCAAUGCAAACAUAAUGGAUUGUUUUAACAGACCUCUUAUAAAUAAUAUUUCGCGGUUAAUACAAUUUUCUUAAAAGUUUCGACUGAGAAUUUAGGCCAGAAAGUAUUGAUGCUAGUGGCGAAGGCGGCACUGUUAUCUGUAUAGUCUCGUGUCUAUUCCGAACCUUACCGAUUCCAAUCGAUGAGAUUUUAAUGUAGAGAACAUUUUCCAGAGCAAUGGUUAGUUUUGAAAAUAACCGCAAUAUCCGAUAAUCGAUCUAGUCGAGCAAGUCAAACUUGAUGUUCCGCACUGUUUCGGUAUUAUAAUUACUCCCGAUUUUAAAUAGUAUCUUCUAAUUUUAGCUCUGACGUCAUGUAGUGGAAUAUUUUUUAAUCCGUUUAAUAAUAUAUUAACGUAUCUAGUAAAUACCAGUAGGGUCUUUAUUUUUUUAAUGCUACGAAUAAUUUUGAAAUAUAGUAUGUGUAUAUGGUUGUAAAGUUUGAUGAAGCUUGACGAAAGUCACGCUAACCAUGCAUGAUUUAACUGUACAUGGAUUGAAAAAUUUUUGUAAAUAUUAGAUUUUUAAUCAUCAGUAUCGAAAGAGGCAAGAUUGGCUAAUGAUUUCAUUCGCCCAACAUAAUUCAAACAUAAUUAUUUUAGACACGCAUUUUUAGCUAUUUCUAACUUAUAAGGCAUGAAGAACUAAAAAAUCGGUUUUAGUAAUAACAAGUUGGUCCAAUUGAGUGCUAGAAAACAAUAAUGUUCUUUAACGACGUGCAACGACAUAAACAAUUUAUCACCUAUAUUUUAAUACUAUUGUUCGUGAGUGAGAAUUAUAGUUUGAAUGUAAGAGCUAGUCGUGUACAGGAAGAAUCGAAAAAUGAUGCGGAUGCCGGGCGUAGUUUUCGCAUUCAUGCCACAGACUUGAAGUGCGCCCACGUAGUACCGGAUAUUAUUGAAAGUUUCGAUUGUCAAUUGGCCUGGCGCAAUAAUCGCUCGUAUAGCUCCGGUUCGCUGGUGCUGCGACAACCUGUCAACAAUUUGAGAGCUAAUGCUGUGCUCGAUAUCUAUCAGCCAAAUGGACGACUAACCAAUAUUUUCAAUAUAACUGUUGAUUGCUGUUCUCUUUUGUCCAGCGGUAAACAUGGUUUGAAGCUAUUUGAUAAUUUGCUGAAGAUAUUUUUUGCUCAAGUCAAUGAGCGGCCGACUUGCCCCUUGAAAGCGCAUUUUAAUUACACCGUCACCGAUUUCUAUGUGAACGAAUCAAUUUUGCCAGCAUAUAUACCGAAGACUAGAUUUCGUAGCGGUCUUUACUUGAGCACAAUGGGGCGACCAGCUGCACGCGUCGUAGUUUUGGGCAAAAUUUUGAAAUUAAAUUAAUAUGUACAUAUAUAUAUAUACCUAUAUAUUCCGUUUAAAGAGUUUAAAAAUCAUCAAGAACUGGAAAUAACAAACUAUCAUUUGGGCUUAUUUUGGAAUGCUACUAAGAGAUUAGAUCAUCUUUUCCGAACUGGUUUGAGUUUUCUGCAUGUGGUUUUCUUAUACUUCUAUAUAUUCUAUUCUACUUCUAUAUAUUCUAUAAUCGAUAACUUUAAAUAUCUAUAAAUAAAAAAUUAUUAGCGAAAAUUGUUCGAAAUUAGUCGAUACCACUUCGUUACCAGUUCGGUGUUAUGUUGAAACUAGUACCGACACUGUGUAAGGUUAGAUAGGAUCUAUUUCAAAACAAUCUUGUUUUUAAUUUCAAAAUAACUCGUUUAUUCGAUAUUAAUAUAAUAUUAAUGUGAUAUCGAUAUUAAUGUGAUAUCAGGUUAGAUAUUCCUUUCAACCAGAGACCACUUGAAAGCUAUUUUAAGGAACGUUUUGUCAAACAAACUGUUCGUCAAGUAUACAACGCAUGUUGACGAAGUUUUAGACGUCACGGAAUACAAUUUAAACAACGGUAAAUUCUAUAAAUAUCGGCGAAAGUACAUAGGACAGUUCAUUGGUUUUUCGGAGACCACAUAAACUUAGCUAUUUAGCCUCAAAGAACAGAACAGGAGAGGUCUUUUAAUUUCAUAGAUGUUUCACUCGAUAUUGUUGAAGAGCUUGAGUGGUCCAUUUUGAUUUCAUUCAAUAGCAGCGCUAAUUUAUAAGGGUAUAGGAAAAUCGAACGGACAAAAAUGUUAAGUCAAACUUUGAGAAUUCUUGCUAGGUAAACGUUGAGUUUUAUGAAUCUGAUAUCAUGUAGUGCCACGCUUGGAUAUUCCUUCAUUGAUAUAAUUUCUCAUCGAUUUGUUAUUGCGUGUAUAGUUGAAUCGCAUUGAACAAAAAACUGAGAUAGCUAGCUAGUUACCAUUUCAAUGAGCUUUGCAAUGAGUAAUAUACCAAAGAGAUCAAGGUGACGAGUAGAUUUGAAAACCGGAUGUCUGUCCGUCCGUCCGUCUGCCCGUCUGUGCAAGCUGUAACUUGAGUAAAAAUUAAAAUAUCUUGACGAAACUUGGCAUAAAUAUUCCUUGGCACCAUAAGAAGAUCAAGUUCGAAAAUGGACAAAAUCGGACCAUUGCCACGCCCACAAAAUGGCGAAAACCAAGAACACAUAAAGUGUCAUAACUAAGCCAUAAAUGGAGAUAUAAAAGUAAAAUUUGGAAUAAAGGAUCGCACUAGGAGGGGGCAUAUUUGGAUAUAAUUUUUUCAAAUCGGUUAUUUGUUUUUAACUCGCAAACUAAUAAAGCUAUAUAAACCAAACUUUCUGCAGUCGGUUCUCUUACGUACCCCAUCACACACCAUGAAAAUAGUUGAAAUCGGAUAAUAACCACGCCCACCUCCCAUACAAAGGUUAGGUUGAAAAUUACCAAAAGUGGGUUAACUCAGUAACGAAAAACGUCAGAAACACUAAAUUUUGCAGAAGAAAUAGAUGAAGGGAGCUGUAGUUAGAUUUUUUUACAAAAUUGAAAAUGGGCGUGGCAUAUCCCACUUAUGGGUCCAAAACCAUAUCUCAGGAACUACUCGACCGAUUCGAAUGAAAUUCGGUAUAUAAUAUUUUCUUGACACCCUGAUAACUCGCAUGGAAUGGGCGAAAUCGGUUCACAACCCCUUUCCCUAUAACUAAAUUUUGAAAUCCAUCUUAUUCCUUCACUUUAUAAUGUAAACAUAAGGAACCAAUGAAGAUAACGGAAUAAAACUUUACACAAUUAGUGCAUAUCAUCUCUGGCUUCACUUGUGAAAAAAUUGUCGAAAUCGGACCAUAACUUUUCUAGGCCCCAGAUAUCGAACAUGUUGAACUCAGCGCAUAAAAAUAAAUUUUAACCGAAAAUAUGGAUAAAUCUCUCAGAUAUAUCAAUUUAAUUCAGAGGAAAUUGUUUUCUUUUAAUAGUGUGUCUCUGUUCCAAAAAUUAUUAAACUCGGGUCAUAACAUUUCCAUAUACCUCAUUGUAGGUUUUUCAAAAGUAUCUUCUCCUAGCUCCCAUAUACCUAAUUAUAGGUUUUUCAAAAAUACGGUGAGCUUUAUUCCGCAUAUAUGUAUUGGUUAAAUUUCUUCAAUAAAUUGCGAGAGUAUAAAAUGUUCGGUUGCACCCGAACUUAGCCUUUCCUUACUUGUUUUUCUAAAUAUUAUCUCUUUCAAAUGUUGGCCACGACUCCAAAAUCUGAAUCGAAACUUGUUUGUUCGCAUAGACUUUAAGACUUUACAUAUCCCCGAAGGAAAAAGUCUAGGUGUGAUACCACACGAUCUUGGUGGCAAAUCGACCGGUCCAAUGCGGGAAAUUAACUGUUUAUUCUGGUUUAUUCGGUCUCAAAUUAUCCAGUAAUAAAUGUUGGGUCUCAAAAUAGGUGAUUGUGUUGCGAAUAGUAUGCUGAGUUUAUUAUUUUGACCAUAAGUUGAGCGAAGCAUAGGUAACUCAUUCUUUACAGAACGUGAAUUUUUGUAAUAGAGUUGAAAAAAUUGUAAACGAUGUUCAGGCGUAAGUCUUUCCAUGAUGAUACGCAAAAAAAUGCUUCUACUUGGAUCACCCGAUAGUUGAACGUUGUUGUUGCUUUCACUCCAACAGAGAGAGAGAGAGAGUACAGCAUUCAAGCAAAGAGAGCAGUGCGACCCAGUUGAUCACAGCUUUGAUAUACAACCCGUCGCUUACCAAUCUUCUUCUUCUUCUUGACUGGCGUAGACACCGCUUACGCGGUUAUAGCCGAGUCCAAAACAGCGCGCCACGCAUCUCUCCUUCUGGCAGUUUGGCGCCAAUUGGUUAUUCCAAGCGAAGCCAGGUCCCUCUCCACCUGGUCCUUCCAUCGGAGUGGAGGUCUCCCUCUUCAUCUGCUUCCACCAGCGGGUACUGCAUCGAAUACUUUCAGAGCUGGAGCACCUUCAUCCAUUCGAACAACAUGUCCUAGCCAGCGUAGCCGCUGUCUUUUUAUUCGCUGGACUAUGUCUAUGUCGUCGAAUAACACAUACAGCUCAUCGUUCCAUCGUCUGCGGUAUUCGCCGUUGCCAAUUCUUAAGGGACCAUAAAUCUUCCGCAAAACCUCUCUCGAAAACUCCUAUUUCCGUCUCAUCGGAUGUUGACAUCGUCCACGCUUCUGCACCGUAAAGUAGGACGGGAAUGA